AUAAAAAUUCACACGGACACAAAUGUUGGUGCGAUUAACAAAAAUUAGUUUUACACCAACACAAAAUGUUGGUGCAAAACUGCGAGGUACAAAUUGGGUUACACAUAUCAUAAUCCAUUUUUCUUCUUCAUUGUAUUAUGAUUAUUAAUACGGAGUAUCAUUUGUAAUUCUUAAACAAUUUAAAAAUCUCUCCAAGAAAACGAUAAUGGCAUCCAACAGCAGAGAGGCGCGACGGCGGCGAAUAGUUGACAAAGGAUCCGACCGGAUUGCGCUCAUCACCGGCCAGAUCCGCAACCUCCAGCCGGACUCCGACGCCGAUUCCGAACCGCGACAUUCCCACACCGCCUCAUGUCCGCCCUAUCUCUCUCGCGAACCUCGAGAACCCGACCUUCCCUCCCUCGGCUCUAUUGAUGAGGACUCAGUUUCCGGUAAAUAUGAAGGUGAAAACACAACAUUUCCCUCUAUCCGCAAAUGUGAAUCAAACAGAGAAGCUAUUGGAGCAUCGUCUUCGGAUCUUCACAACAAUGAACCACCAUUUCAGGUCUCAUCUUAUGGAAGUUCUGCUUCUGGAGGGGAUCGUGAUACGAAGCAAGUGAACAGUUAUCCAAAUAACUUCACACCACAGAAAAUUGUUUAUGCAAUUAAAGCCUGUGAGAGCAUUCGCACUCGUUGCUCUCUAGCAGCUGCCAUAAUAGUAGUCUUGUGUCACAUAGGAUUUCCUCUCUUGGGGACCCGUUUGGUCAAGAGUGUCGUUCUUUUCAGACCACUGUUUCUGCUUCUGCUGACCAACGUAUCGGUUGUUGUUGGACGGCUUCUCCUUGAAAAGUCCACACCCAGGAGGGUUCAACAAGAAGCAGCCGGUGGAGUUUUAGCAGACGAGAAUGACAUAGCGGAUCGGGUCGGGAAGGUUCUAGAACUGGGAUUGAUGUUGCAGAAAAUCUUGGGUGCAGUGUUCAUUGACAGUAGUGUUUAUGCAAUAUCAGUCAUUUGCUGCCUUUCCUUUGCACAGAAGCUUGGAUGGUAAAUUUGUUUAUUCACAGAAUGUGAUUCUUUUCAGCAGGCAGGUGAAUAAGAUGCAGCUUUUCUUUAAGUGUAAACAAAAGAAGUUUUUGUAUUUCUGUCCUGUUGGAAUGGGUAUUUUUUUUCAAGCUUCAUUUCUUUGGUAAAUUUUCUUAUCAUUUUGUUAUUGUACUUCAUUGUAAUUCCAAAUUUCUAAUUGUGUAUGAUGACAAAAAAAAACUCUAAUAUAUACGCCUUCCAUCC